UUUGAGAUUCAACAUAAAAGUGUACAAAGUUCAAAUAUGCCGCAUUGCCAUUAUGCACUGUAACUAAUAUAGGCAUAAAUCUCUUAAAUAAUACAUUUAAAAUAAGAACGAUUAUUCAUCCUGGAAAGACUGAGCCAUAAUUUGAAAUUUCAGAGAAAGUGCUUCAGUUUUAAUGUGCAGCGCUCUUAUUUAGAUUGGUGACAGAUUCACUCACUGCAGUGGCAUCAAAACACAUGACAAAGCAUCAUGCGGAGUGUCCAGAUCAGCUGCUUAUAUGGAAUUAUUAUAGACCGAGGUAUUCUGUAAAGUUCAGAGAAUGCUGAUGAGGAUGGUGAGAAGAAAGAGGAGGAGGGGAAUUGUCACAACACUGAUUUCUGCAUAGAUAGGGUUAAAAUCUCUGACUGACCAGUUGCCCAGUCGAUCCCAGUAGUGAGACCUCAUGGACCACAGAGCUCAGAGAGACAAGAGCAGGGCCAGCUACUUUGGAAAUGUUAAGAACAGAUUGGGAUCAAAGUUACCGGCUGGAAUUACGCAGCCCCCAGGCUUCAUUACGGCACCAUGUUCUAUUGGAGCUCAGGGUGCAUUGAGAAAGAGUGCCGAACCUCACCAAAUUCGAAACCCUAAACUUAGACAAUACUAUCUAAAAGAGGCAGCAUUCCCAACCAAGAAUUUUGAGUCAGGCAGAAACCACGAACAUGGGAUACCCAAGAACAAGGCCUCAUCGUCUACAGAAAUGGCCUCUGAGACAGGCCCAAGACAAGAGCACAGCCUUGAUCCUACUGCGGGAACUGCAACUCUUGUGUCCCCUUCAACAGAUGCGGAAUAUGACAAGCUGACGGAUGUGGAGGCGGUGUCUUUACCUGAUGGAAAGGUGUGUCUGUUGACUCUCCCAUCUGAAUGUUCUCAAGGCGAGGGGCCAGCAGGCAUGUCAUGCCUAAAACUAUUUUCUCGUUACAUCACAGAAAGAAAGGGUGUGGUCUCUGGGAUAUUGCUGGUGAUGCCCAAUAAGAUCUUCUUUGACCCUCAGAAGUGUCACCCACUUGUGCAGGAGAAUGGCUGUGAGGAGUAUGUGUUCUCUUGUUCUGUGAAUGAUAUCACGUCAGUAUGCUUCUACACGGAUAUCUCUCAUGUUCACUUCAACAAGACCUCACACAGAUUUAACAUUUUUAAGCCAUCAAAGAGCAAAAAGCAUAGCCAGAGCCAAAAGCAAACCAAGUGCAGCUCCCAUCAGUCUGCUCUGGAGUCCUCUGUUUCCCAUGAUUUGCUAGCGACUCUUAGUGUGAGUGCUGAGGAAGAGGAUGAGGAAGGUGGAGAGAGUGGGGACAUGGCUGAGACUGAGAGACAGCUUACUUUGGAGUCUGGAGGAAUGCAAACUGCGGCUGCAGAUUCAUAUGGCCCCGGUACUACUACGUCAAGAAGUGGUAUAGCCGGAUCUUUGAUGUUUGUGAAAAUUCGCCAGAAACAGCAGCAUGUGAAGAUAAUUCCUUUCUCUAAACUUAAAAUCCCUUCUAGAGAUGCCUGGUUCACCAUGCAGCAAGAAAGUUCAGACAAGAUGUAUGCUUACCUGAGCCAGCAUAGGCCAGACCUUUGCAUUCUGGAGGGAGGUGAGGAGGAAGAAGCAGAGAGGGAUGAAGAGGAUUUUGUGCUCCUGGAUGAGGAGGAGCAGGAGGAAGAGGAUGGGUCUCCAAGAGAAGGCCGGGCAGAGGAUUGGGAGAUUGUGUCUGUGGAGGAGAGUGGGCUGAGAGCUUCUGUCUCAACUGAACCCGAUAGUCUGAGUCACAUACUGAACCAGAGUGUCAUACUGGAUGCCCAACAAGUCAAAGAGAUCUCUCGAGAGCUGCCUCCACGAACAAUCGGAUACAAAUGGCAGCUGUCGUACAGCACUGACAAACAUGGGGCUAGUCUCAAGACUCUCUAUAGAAAACUCUGCACCACAGACUCACCUGUGCUGAUUCUCAUUAAGGAUUAUAAUCAUCAGGUUUUUGGGACCUUCCUCUCACAUCCACUGCAUCCUAGUGAUGCCUUUUAUGGCACUGGAGAGACCUUCUUGUUUCUGUCUCACCCUCGCUUUAAGUGUUUCCGCUGGACUGGAGAGAACUCUUUCUUCAUCAAAGGAGACUUGGACUCUUUUGCCAUUGGCGGAGGAAGUGGUCACUUUGGUCUGUGGGUGGACGAGAGGUUAUAUUUUGGCAGAAGCAGUCCCUGUUUCACCUUCAACAACUGCAGCCUGUCUGAGAACAACGACUUCACGAUUCUGGAGCUGGAGGCCUGGACAUUCGGAUGACACAACAAAUGCUGUAAAUAAUUAAAAAACAUCAUGGUUUAGUAGUGGACAAUGUGGCCAUUUUGAAUGAAGGGAAAGAAACUGUACAGACACUUUAAUAAUGAAUAUUCUGCCUGAAGGUUUGUCAAGGGAAGAGUUUUUAUGUAGAUGGUUGGAAGCUCACUGUACUUAUCAUCUUACCACCAUGAUGAAGAAAACCUUCUGUUUGUGUUGUGAUUAAGAUGCUGCUGGGUCGAGUCCAGUGGUGCAGCCCACAUAUUCCGGAUGAAUGCACUUGCCUCCCAUACAAGGAAUUAUGCUGUUUUGCGCUAAAUUCUGGGACAGUGUGGGAGACAAGCUGUCCAAAUCACAGAAGAUUAUGUUUACUCUUCUAAGCUUCACAUGUGUUUGUACUAGCGGGGUUGUCUGUGGGACCAUAGUGCCAUCAGAUGGUACGUAUCAUUACUGCAGCUCUAGUUAAAGUGUGAAUAUUACAGUGAUGAGGAACUUUUUCUGUCCUUGUAAUCCAUUUUAUCCUUGCCUGCUGUUAGUAUGUGUAGCAUCAACUCUAUUUAGUCUCAUAAACACUGAUAGAUGCAAUAGUUUCUACCCACAGCAGCACUUUUACACAUAGAAAAAUUUCUCAUCACUCCAAAACCAAAUCAAAACUGAAAUGAUUUUUGGGCUGAAUCCCACACACAUAAAUCACAUAAAUCACAUAAACACACCAUCCCCAGAGUUGCAUGUUGAUGUCAGAGAGACUUAUUUGUUUGUUACAAAUAAUUGUACACGUAAUUUGUUUUCUUAGACAUCCACAUAAAGUUUUAAGUAACCCUGUGGAUGUGUACCUGUAGGUUUACCUUUUACUGAGUAUAUCUAUUAAAUUAGUAAUAAUUUAACAUCAGUUCACAAAACUAUCUGUACUAAAAAUGAAAUCUGUAAAACAAAUCUGCAUUUAAAUUAUACAGUCAUACAAAACCAAUGCAAUAUUUGUGAAAAUUAUGUCACUGUCAAAUCUUCAAGUGUUCAUUAACUCCUAUUAAAUAC